AUGGCUGCAUCCAACUUUAUUGUACUUUUAGCCUGUUUGAUUCUCGUCCUUCACACCAUGACCACGUUGGCUCUGCCUGUGUUUGAUGCCGAUUUAGCUGCCAGUCCUUUGGUUCAUGAAGGUCGUGCUCAAUUCCGCGGUGGACCAGAAAAGUUCUUUGUUACCAUCACUGUGUAA